AUGGCUGAUGGCACCGUGGAUGCCUUCCUGGGGGAGAGGAUCUCGAAGCUGGCCUGGUCCCUGCACCACGCGGGGCUGGCCGUGCAGAGAAAUCGCACACCGGCAGCCUCUUGCCUCGCUGCCCUCGCCAGGCCGUGCGGGGGCGCCGACCCCAGCCUCCCCGCGCUGAGGAGCGUGUCUUUUCCUGAGCGAGAUCCAGAGGAGGCCACAGACCAGCAGCUUUCCCCGUCCGGCCAUGUGCAGGCAAGCUCCUUGGAGGUGAAGCCGGGUCCUGAGCGCAUGUGUUCCAUGUUCAUCCGCUGGCCCGGCUGCUCUCUAGGAAGCCAUGCUUGGAUCCUUAUAGCCAUGUUUCAGCUCGCCCUGGAUAUGCCCGCGUGCGAGUCCCUGGGCCCGGGCCCCGAGUUCCGGCUGCUGCCCCGGCUGCCCCACCGGCCGCCCCGCUUGUGGAGUUUUAAGAGCGGACAGCCCGCCCGGGUCCCAGCGCCCGUAUGGAGCCCCCGGCCGCCCCGCUUGGAGCGUGGUCACAGUCACGGGCAGAUGCUGAGUCCCCGGGCCCGACGGGCGCACAGACCCAGGGACCAGGUGGCCGCUCUGGGGCCCAAAGCGGGGCUGGCCAAGCCCCCAGCUGCUGCCAAAUCCAGCCCUUCCCUGGGCCCCUCCUCCUCCUCUGCGGGGGGCAGUGGAGCUCCCACGGACCAACAGGCCCUCCUGCGGCGGGGGAAGAGGCACCUGCAGGGCCCUGCUUUCAACAGCUUUGACUUCCAAGGCAGCAGGCCCACCACGGAGACGGAGUUCAUUGCCUGGGGGCCCACGGGGGAGGAGGAGGCCCCGGAAUCCAAUACAUUUCCAGGCGUUUAUGGCCCCACCACGGUCUCCAUCUUCCAAACACGGAAGACAGCUGCGGCCACCGCCACCGCCACCGCCACCACGGCCACCUCCGUGACACUGCAGACUCAGGGGCUCACCGAGCCCCUGGACCCCAGGAGUGGGAAACCGGUUGGGGUAAGCACAACGGAGCCUUCCACCAGUCCCAGCAGAGAGAGUGGCAAAGUCAGCAAGCCCCCGCGGGUUCUGGGGGAGACCUCAGGUUUGGCGGUCCAUCAGAUCAUCACCAUCACCGUCUCCCUCAUCAUGGUCAUAGCUGCUCUGAUUACAACUCUUGUCUUAAAAAACUGCUGCGCCCAGAGCGGGAACCCUCGUAGGAACAGCCACCAGCGGAAGGCAAACCAUCAGGAGGAGAGCUGCCAGAACCUGACGGAUUUCACGUCCGCCCGGGUGCCCAGCAGCCUGGACAUUUUCACGGCCUAUAACGAGACCCUCCAGUGUUCACACGAGUGUGUCCGGGCAUCUGUGCCCGUGUACACCGACGACACACUGCACCCAGCCGGGGAGUACAAAUCCACGUUUAACGGGAACCGACCCUCUUCUUCUGAUCGGCAUCUUAUUCCUGUGGCCUUUGUGUCUGAGAAAUGGUUUGAAAUCUCCUGCUGA